AUGACAACAGCCGGACUUCAAUUAAGCACACACACACCCACACACACCCUGCAGCUGGCAACCACGUUACGUGCUGGCUACGAUUCCAAUGAAAUCGAUAAUUCCUAUGCCGCUGCGGGAGCAGCUGCUGUCGAGGCUGGUAUUGGCUUUGAUGCCGAUGCUGAUGACGUUGAAAAGUCGGCCGAGGAUUACGUCAUGGCCAUGGAACAGGGACAGGGGCAGGGCCAGGGGCAGGAGUCGCAGACAGAGCCGACGAAUGAGAAAAAUGCGGGAGCAGAGCCAGCAACGGCAGCCACGCCGGCCGCAGCAUCCAUUGGCAGACAACUAAUGAAUGCAAAAACACAAGAUUUAUUGUCCUUAUCGCAGCUUAGUUCGCACCAAACAUCAACGGCCAGAGCCCCAACUGCCGUUACUGUGCAGCGCGAAAAGAACGCAUCAAGUCUGAAGAACGCCAUCAGCAUCGGUGGCGCCACAACUGGUGGUGCCACGUUUCAACAAAUUGGCUCACAGCGCGUCAAUGGAAAUGCCCCAGCAACAGCAGCACCAACAACAGCAGCUAACACCGACAGCCAACAGGUCGCUGCCAAUGGGUCCUUGAUAGCGCCAACCCUAGCCACAGCAUCCGCAGCGAACAAGACCCAUGUACGCACCUCAGCCAAGAAGGUGGAGAGCAAAUACAUACUGCCCAAGCCGCAGAAAACCGAUGCACCAAUGCUCAACUAUAUCUUCGAUACCUUCUCUGCCGCCAACAAACAUCAUCAUCACGAUCAGAGAUAUGGGCCCCAUUUUGAGGACGUGCAGCGCGUUGGACAACCAACAAAUAUGACUGUUCAGGCGGGUAGCAGCAUUCAUUUAAAUUGCAGAAUUUCAUUGCUGCAAGAUAAGACUGUCUCCUGGGUGCGUCGCAGUGCGCAAAAUGAGGAGAAUGCUUUGGACUUAUUAACUGUGGGUCUGCACGCCUACACCGGGGAUAAGCGCUACAAAAUGGAGUUUCAAUAUCCCAACAAUUGGCGACUGAAAAUCAUAAAUGUUAAAAAAGACGAUGAGGCGACCUAUGAAUGUCAGAUCUCAACGCAUCCGCCCCGCGUUAUCCAAAUUAAUUUGCAUGUGAAUGCUCCAAAGGUGAUGAUUGUGGAUGAGUACGGCGAUCCGCUGCAGGAGAAAUACUAUGAAAUCGAUUCCACGUUGCAGCUGUCCUGUGUGGUGCGGAAUGUGGCUAUGACCAGCGCCGUUGUUUAUUGGAAGCAUAGCGAAAAUGUGCUCAACUAUGAUGUAACGCGAGGCGGCGUUAGUGUUAAAACCGAACUGAUGGAAGAUGGUGCGAAUUCCACUUUAUCCAUUGCUAAGAUUCAUAAAGCUGAUUCCGGGAAUUAUACCUGUUCCAUAAGCGAAUAUCAAAAUUUCACGAUAGUAGUGCAUAUACUAAAUGGCGAAAGUUUCGCUGAGCUGCAUCAUGGUGGUGCAGCUGGUGGCCAUGCCAACUGGCAAUAUAUAAUUGGACUGUAUUUCCUACUGCUGCUGCGAUGGAUCGCCAGCACAACAGUUUUUACAUCCAGGUAAAGUUAACAAAGACGCCUAAC